AUGGCUUCCCAGGGACAAUGGACUACUGGCUUAUUUGAUUACUGGGAGGAACCCUCACAGUGUAAAUUCCAAUGGUGUUGUCCAUGCUACGUUUUUGGUGAUAUUGCAGAGAUGGUUGAUGGAGGAACUACACCAAGAGAUGGGGCGUGCUGGGUGUAUUGUUGUCUAAACGGUUCAAUGGCGUGGCUGAUGGGUUCGAUGUACAGAACAAAACUCCGGCGACUGUUUUCGCUGCCGGAAGAGCCCUUUUCCGAUCAAUUUGUUCAUUGCUGCUGUGCGCCUUGUGCUCUCACCCAAGAAUACAAAGAGCUCAAACAUCGUGCCAUUGAUCCUUCCCUCGGUUGGCAAGGGAAUGUAGAGAAGUGGGAGAGUGAAGGUGUGAAACCACCAAUUGUUCCCACCAUGAGUCGUUACAAAUAUUAG